AUGCUCUCUGGAAAAUAUGACCUUUCUAAACUUGAAAAGGACACCCCAGAACAACUUUUUGAGAGAUACCCGAUUGCAACAUUAGAAGAAAUUAAGGAUGAUUUGGUACAAAACAUUUCUACGAAGAGAUUAGAACUAAGACAGUUAGUUGGUGGUAAAUACAGGGAUCUCUUAAAGGUGGCCGAUGACAUUAUUUCCAUGAAUAAGAUGACUUCUUCUUUAAACACGCGGAUUUCAGAUCUCACUUUUAAAAGCUCGACUUAUGAUGAUAAGACUUUAAAAAAUUUAUGUGCGUUUGAUGACCAUGCAAGGAAAAUCCAGAGGAACAACGUACAAGGUCGGAAUCGGGCCAUAGUUUUUAGAAAUAUUAUUCAUGAUUGCGUUUAUACAUACUACCACCUGGAAGAUGACGUGCGUUCCCAAGAGGGAAAGAAUAAUUUAAAGCAUUCGGAUAGAGGUGGUACUGAGCUUUUGGAUGGUCAACUCAUAAAAAGUAGGUUUUCCAAUAAGAUAUCUCUGGAGUAUCUCCAGCUUUCGAAGCAGAUUUACCUCUUGUUCAAUCUUUUUGACAAAGAGGUUAAUGAUCCAUCCAGACAGAACUUAUUUUCCGUAAAGGAGAUCAAAUCUUUGCGUAAUGAUCUCAUCAAGGAAAUUCAGGCGAAGCUAGAAAGUCUAGCAGACACUUAUAAUUAUGAAUAUGCGACAAAUAUACUUGCCUCAUACGUAAUAUUGACCGAAUAUGAGCCCAAAGAGGCUCUAAUAUGGUUUUUGGAGAUACGGAAAAACAAAUUGUUUCAAGUUGGUUUCUGCUCAAAUUUUACAUCUUCACUUUCAUAUCUUUAUGUUACACUUAGUUGUGUUUCAUAUUUUAAGACUAGAUUAUCAUCGACACUUAAUAGACAGUUUCACAGCAGUACAAAUUCUAAUUGGGUGGCAAAGUCUUGCUUUAAGAAAUGGUAUAGAUGGCUAAAUAUUGACUUUGCAAACUUUGCGGUUGAUUUUCCAUUGAGUUCAAAGCAAUUAAGUAUUAACUGGAAUGACGAGAAGUUACAAAAAUUCUUGUUAGAGUGGAAGGAAUCGAUCACCCUGGAGACCACGGGAGAGUUCGGUAAGGCUUUUGCAAAUUGUGAGUCAUUGGAAAAGAUGUCGCUGCUUCUUAGUGAUAUAUUAAAUUCAUUUAAGAUGUUUUCUUCUUUAAUCGAACUUCCAUGUGUCAUCCAUGCGAAGGAGUCUAAAAUUUCAGAAGCCCUAUUAGUACUUUGGAGGGAAAGAUUUGAAAUCCUUUUAAACAAUGAAUGGGCAAAGUUUGAUGGCAUACUUAAUGAAGCUGUGAUAGCAUUUAACAAUGAGAACAAUUUAGAAUCUAAUUCAACCAGUUAUGGUAUAGAUCUAUUUACAACUACAGACAUUUCAGAUAUUAAUGCCUUUGUGAAAAGUGCAUCUGAUCCUAUUGCAGGAACAGGACUUGGAGCAGAAAUCGAGGAAAGCAUUCAAAACUUUAUUGGUAACGCACGGGCAAUAAUACAAUCAUUGGCAAAUCUCAAAGAUAUAAUUGACCGUACAGAGAGGCCAAUAUUUUCAAUUGAUGACUCGGAGGAUCCGGAAUUUUGGAAGAAAGUUCAGAAGUCGAUGUAUGAAUAUGUUGAUGGAUAUGCCGCAAAUCUUGUUAAGAGAGUGAAUUCUUCAGUUGAAGCAUUUUUCAAAGAAAUAAGAGAAAUCGUGCAUGGGGAUGAAAGUUACGUGCCAGAGCGUUCAAUGAUCUUGAUACGAGGUAUUUCACAAGUUGGUAAAAGCUUGGACUUACCCUUGAUAUACAAUGAGGUCGGGAAGAUAACACAUUCUAAGGUGGCUUGUAUAAAGCUUAAAACUACUAGCUUAACAAGUCCACUGCUAUCAGAGUGUAUGAUACCUGCAAUUAGCAAGCUUACAGACCAAGAAAUAGCCGAGCUAACAAAGAUGGCGAAGGAAAGGUGGACUAUUGGAUAUUCGAAUGAUGAAGGAAAUUCGGAGGCAGAUUCAGAUAAUGAUAAUAGGGAUAAUGUAGACGUUCCUGAAGCUUCAAUAUGGAAGUCAUACGAGACAAAGCGGAAACUUCCAACUGCACCAUCAGUCGAUCUUGAAAAGUCGUUGUACAAAAUAGCGACAUCACUUUUAACUGUACAACAAAAUGAUUUCUCAGACAUUUACUUGAUCAGUGAGUUCGAAGGGCCAAAAGAGGAUCUUAUUGGUAAAAUCGCGGGAGCAAUUGGAGAAGGGAUAUCUGUUGACAAUAGACAGAGAAACUGCCAUGAACUUGCACUUCUAACAUUCUCUGAUAUUGUGUUUGUUUACUAUUUCACACAUCCGCAAGCAGAUUCAACAGACUUAGACAAUUCAUUACAAAAAUCCGAGCAACUUUUCAAAUACGUGAAGGAAUUAUACGAAGCUAAUCCUGAUCUCCAAGACGACAAAUACAGGUUAGAAAUUAUAAAUUCUAUCAGAAAACACUUCGAGACCACCAAGCUUAUGUAUUAUCCUUUUUAG